AUGCAACCUUCUACCACUUUCGACGACAAUACAAUCUCGUCAGUCAAAUUGCAGACUGAACGAACUUCGUCUUUCCCCCUCCCCUCUAUCCAACUAUUUCCUCCUCACAACUCACCAUCCGGCCCGUCAAACAGCACAAACAACACUACAACAAUGGCGGCCAAUUCUCCUCGCUCUGCGCAAGCGACCAGCGCAAUGCCUCCUCCAGCCCAUCCUGCCUCAAUUCCUUCCAGGAUGCAUAUCAACAGUCUGAUGUCGCCUCCAGACCAAGCACACGAUAGCUUCCAUUACCACACCGUACAGGCCGACUCCUCCUUCUCCUCCAGCAAGAACGCUUCAGGGCAGACUCCGAUGUCUCCUCCCAUUUCGCCUUGCAACCGACCAAUGGCCACCACCGAGACACCAACAAGCUCAACGGGCCGUGAUAUGGUCCUCUACCCAGAAGAUGCGCCUUCCAGUCCACCCCAGACUUCUCUAUUCGCAACCCUUGAGGAUCGUGGCCAUAGUCGAACGAUUGAGGAACACAUCCAAAAGAAUAUCAACGACAAGAUCUUUGUUGAGGUGCAACCCCCAACACGCAAUGACUACGAGCUUGUGGCUUCGUUUCAAUCGCAACUCAACUCAUCUUACGCACAAAACCCAAAGGCAUGGAUGCUGUCAGUCACUAGGCAGGCUCGUGAGGACAAUCAUCGCAUAGCUCAAGCCAAAGCACGCGCUCGUCCCUUGGCAGCCAAAGCCCCCAAGAUAUCUCGGCCUCGCACCGAUAAUAAUCGUGUUGCGAAACCUGCCGGGCGAACUAUUCGCGUUCAGCCUACUAACAGCCCUAGACGACCAACGCCUCAGCUCAGUGCCAAUGAUGCCAACAUCGUUGAGUCGAAACCUCGGUCUCAAGGCCCAGACAAAGAUUUCGCGUCACUGCCGGAUCUCUGUCCACCACCGAGCGUGGUCCCCGCGCAAAAGAACUGGUUCAAGGUGGAUUGGAAGGGGCAUCCACUCGACAACAGCAAUGAUCCCCAUCGACAUCUUCUUUCUCCUGACGAAGUAAUGCUGGCAAGUCUUCUGCGCCUUGACUGUGCGACGUACUUGGCCAGCAAGAGACGCAUCUUUAUCGGCAGACUCGCCAAUUUCAGGCGAGGGAAAGGCUUCCGCAAGACCGACGCCCAACAGGCUUGCAAGAUUGAUGUCAAUAAGGCCUCCAAGCUCUGGACUGCCUUUGACAAUGCUAAAUGGUUUAAAGAGUCACUCCUGGAGCCAUUUAAGGAUGUCAGUCUGAACUAG